AUGAAUUUAAACCUUUUCCCCAAUGAGGUGCUAUGCUGUAUAUUCGACUAUCUGCCAUGGAAAGACCGUCAACGUGUAUCCCUGGUAUGCAGCCGGUGGAACAGCAUAAUCAACUCCAAUCACUAUCUACGUCGUCAGAAACUGGUGCUGUACAAUUACAACAAGGCCAAAUUUUUCUCUGGCGUUGGGGUGGAGCUAUUAAAUCGCCAACACGCCAUUGAAUUUAACUCGAACGCCAUGCUCGAUACCGAGGAGCUGCUCGAUACGAUCGACAGGUCGUUGAGUAGUGGAGCCGCAAUGGUGAAAUCGUUGUCGUUACUGCUACGUUCGGAGCAUAAGCUAGCUUUCGGUUUGGUGGUGGCCAAUAUUCCCAAACUGACGUACUUAACGGAGCUCAACAUUUCCGCGAACGAAGCGCUCACCAACGGCGUUCACAUCGAUAGCGCGUGUUUGGAAAAGAUUAAUAUAUCUUUUUAUCAAAAUUCUCUCUGCAAGCUAAACACACCGAGACUUCACACUUUGCAUCUAACAGUACGGUACCGAAGUGAGAUGAACCUUCUAAGCACAAUUUCCUCCCAGCUUAUCGAGCUUAAGGUGUCCUUCAUCUCUAAAGACCACGUAGCGCAACUAUUUGAUUGUGACUUCAGUUCGCUGAAGGAGUUGGAUAUAUCAUUGAAAAACGACAAGUAUAUAAUGUACAGUGUAUCACCAGUGCACAAACGUCGGCUCGAUAGGAAGGGAGUUUUUGCUGAAACUAUUGUUGGCUUAGAAACAUUGCGCAUUAUCGAUUUCUGCAACAUCUUUGAAAACGAUUUUCUGCGUAUGUUCACCUACGCCAAGUCACUAAAAGCCCUCACUAUCAACAACUUUAAGUUGGUCAACGAGGUGAAAGAGCUUAUCAAUGGGUUCGAGAAUUUAAGUUAUCUUAACCUGGAAGGAUGUCAACGAAUGGAUGAAACAAAAAAGUUAACUCUACCCUCUCUUCAAACUCUGGUGAUAUCAUACAAACAACUCUCUUUAUUCAGUGUGUCACAAUUAAGCACGCUUAGGACCUUGUACUAUUUUAACACAGCUAAAGACCAAACACAUUUUAUUAGGCAAAUCGCUCAAGUUUUCGCAAAUCUCACCUUUCUUUGCCUGCAAAAUUUUGACAACGAACUUGAUUCAAACGCGUUCCGAAAUUUAAAUUUGCUUUCAAAGCUGCGUGUGCUAGUCAUCAAAAACAUGUCCGUUUCAAGCCAAAUAUUUGCAAACUGUCCCAUGAUUCCUCACCUGGAACGGCUCGUAACGGAAACCAUCGUGACGGAAGUUUCCAUACUUGAUGCAAUACCUGCAAAAUUUCCUUCGCUGCAAACGUUCGUCAUUAAGGAUUGUUUCCUUUACCUGAUUCCUAAGGAGAGUGCCAAAUUUUAUACGACGUUCGAUGAACUUCGCCGGCAGAUGCCAUACUGUCGUAUUUCUACAAAGGAAUCAACCAUAUUUAAUAACAAUGCAAAGCACAGCUGA